CCGGCUUUGAACACAGUUACCAGCACACGGCGCAGAAUAUCACGAGCAAAGCUAAUGUGGCGUCGGAUGGCGCCUCCGCUGCUGAAUAUUUCACUUUUCGUGCACAUAUGCUUUGCCAGAAACACAGUUGUACAGAGAAUCGACUGGUUUAUCGGAUACAGCACGUGUCGGUUAUUCCCUGCAGCCGGAAGCAUUGUUGCUGAAUGUACUGACAUGGACACUAUGGGGAAGACAGCCAAGCUGAUACAGAUGCUUGUGGUCUUUGUGAUUUUAGUGUCAUCAGAAGUGUUAAAAGAUGAAGACAGUGAUGGAACAGGUCCGAAGGGCGUGCCCGAAGAGUACAGAUGCGUUCCGGGGAAGACUUUCCGGAUGGAAUGCAACUUGUGCGUGUGCUUUGGCGACGGGGAUACGCGGAACGCGGGAUGCACUAGGAGACUCUGUCCCCCAGGCUCAUGGCGUAGGCGAUGAAAUUCCUGUCCAUGGAUUCUUUAUGAGUGCUGUGGUGUUCGGUUGGUGGUUCAGUGCAUCUUCCAUGAAGUGUCAAGCUUUGUUCUCCAGUCUAAAACACACGAAGAACAGGAUAAUAUUUCAAUAUGUAAAGAGAAUUCAUUUGUUGCAGCUUGAGUGUAUACUUUUACUCAGCUUCUCAGCGCUUAACACUAGUCUAUUUGUGAAUGUUCAUCAUGCUUC